AUGGAGAUGCUUGGACUUGCUCAGGCUGGAUCUUCAUGCAAGCCCGCUCAGUGUUUUCCUGGAGCUUUCUUAAUAGUCGUACAGUGCAAACCUUGUCGUGGUGAGAGUUGUGAGGUCAUCCAUGUAGGCUCUGACCGGUGGCAGCCUCAGCCCAGGUUUAUUUGCUGUCCGCCAUCUGUCCAUCUAGAGGCCCAAAUGAUGACCUCCAUGGCCAGGGUGAAGGCCUGUGGGGAGAUGGUGCAGCCUGCCAUGAUUCCCACUUCCAGCAUGUUGCAGAGAUCGGUGUCGGCCUCCUUCCACAUCGUCUUGUUGCAGGCCUUUGGCCACUUGACUAAUGGCCUUCAGCCCUGGGUCUUCUUCUCUGCUACUGUGGCACCCUUUUUUGUCCUGGUGUAUUUUCAGGCCUUGGGUGGAAGUAACCUUUGUCCAACCACAAAUGCAGUUCUGGAGCUUAUGUCCUGCUGUAGCUAUCAGAGCCUCCGUUAUGCUGAUCUUCAAUCUCGUAAUCUGUUCCAUUCCAGUGUUCAUUACCGGUGUCUGGUGUGGCUCGUCUGCAGGUUUUCUCCAGAGGCGGCGUCUCGCAGAGGUUUGAGCACAGCAGAAAUGAACGCAGUAGAAGCCAUACACAGAGCAGUGGAGUUCAACCCACACGUACCAAAAUACCUCUUGGAGAUGAAGAGCUUGAUUCUGCCUCCGGAGCACAUCCUGAAGCGCGGAGACAGUGAAGCCAUCGCCUACACCUUCUUCCACCUGCAGCACUGGAAGCGUGUGGAGGGAGCGCUCAACCUGCUGCACUGCACCUGGGAGGGAACUUUCAGGAUGAUCCCGUAUCCUCUGGAGAAAGGCCACCUCUUCUAUCCGUAUCCAGUCUGUACAGAGACCGCGGACAGAGAACUGCUACCAACAGUGUUCCACGAGGUGUCAGUGUAUCCCAAGAAGGAGCUGCCGUUCUUCAUCCUGUUCACGGCGGGUCUCUGCUCGUUCACAGCGAUGCUGGCGCUCCUCACGCAUCAGUUCCCGGAGCUCAUGGGAGUGUUUGCUAAAGCCUUCCUGAGCACCCUGUUCGCUCCGCUGAGCUUCAUCAUGGAGAAGGUGGAGAGUAUUCUUCCCUCGAGUCUGUGGCACCAGCUCACGCGGAUCUGAUCUCACGGACAUGCAUUAUUAUUGACUGAGGUGCCAAGUUCUUCAGAAGUGCCCAGAAGACAGAAACACAACCCACAUCAAACGCUGAAGGAAUUGAUUUCCCUCUCAAUCUCCUGUAAUUCUUUCUGUUGAAAACUUUUAGACAAACAUGGGUAUAUAAAGAAAAAAUAAAUCAAUUUCUGUACUACUGCAAAA